AAGAGUUUGUCUGUAUCAGUCUGGAAUUCCUAUUGGAUGCUGCCCUCUGAUGUUUGUGGAAAGAACUGCUUUUGGGAAGCUGCUUUUAGAUAUGAUUAUAUGAAAACCCAUCCUCCUGAGAAAAUGCAUCUAGCCGUGGUUGCCUGUGGUGAAAGACUCGAAGAGACUGUUACUAUGCUGAGAUCAGCCAUGAUUUUCAGCAUCAAACCACUCCAGUUUCAUAUUUUUGCUGAGGACCAAUUGCACAAGAGAUUCCAGGACGUGCUUGAUGACUUCCCCUAUGAAGGAAAAGUAAACUACACAUUAUAUCCAAUAACAUUUCCAACUGAGAGUGCAGCAGAAUGGAAAAAGCUCUUUAAGCCAUGUGCUUCACAAAGACUAUUCUUGCCAUUAAUCCUGAAAGAUGUCGAUUCGCUAUUGUAUGUUGAUACUGACAUCCUAUUUCUGAGACCUGUGGAUGAUAUUUGGUCUUUUCUGAAGAAGUUCAACUCCAGUCAGAUAGCUGCAAUGGCACCAGAACACGAAGAACCUCGCAUCGGGUGGUAUAACCGCUUUGCUAGACAUCCCUUUUAUGGAGUCACUGGAAUAAAUUCUGGAGUCAUGUUGAUGAAUAUGACACGUAUUAGGAGAAAAUAUUUCAAGAAUGAUAUGACAACAGUCCGGUUACAGUGGGGAGAAAUUCUUAUGCCACUGCUGAAGAAGUACAAGUUAAACAUAACUUGGGGUGAUCAGGAUCUGUUGAACAUUAUGUUUUUUCACAAUCCAGAAAGUCUAUAUGUCUUUCCUUGCCAAUGGAACUAUCGACCUGACCACUGCAUUUAUGGGAGCAAUUGUAAGGAAGCUGAAGAAGAAGGUAUAUUUAUUCUUCAUGGAAACAGAGGUGUUUACCAUGAUGAUAAACAACCAACUUUUAGGGCUGUGUAUGAAGCAAUAAAAAAUUAUUCGUUUAGAGGUGACUUGGUUCAUUCCCUGCUGCAGCCCCUAGAACUGGAAUUACAGAAGACAACACAUACAUACUGUGGCAGAGUGUACAAAGUGUUCAUAAAGCAGCUAACGAAAAGCAUAAAAGAUUUGUAUGAUAGAAGAUCAAAGGGAAGGUGAUUCUUACUCCAAGCUGUUAACAGAAGAGACUGAAUAUACCCACUGUUCGACAGGUGCAGAAGGUCUAAUGUGGCUUGAAUUAGCUCUUACUGUGCCCACAAAGAAGUUUACCAGUAUGUAUAGAAAUGAAGAAAAUAUUUGUGCUAUGAAGAAUAAGAACUUUUUUCCUGCAAAAGUGACUUCUUUACUCUCUUGAAGUUUAAUCAUUGCUAAUGUUUAUGUUGGAUCUGAUGAGUUUAGAUAUUGCUGGCUCUUGUGGUCAGUAGUUUUAACCUUGCUUAUGCUUAAUGGUCAAAUGAGCAAGGGACGGAUGAGGAGGGCUGUGUUUGGAGAGUACCUCAGAUUGUCCAGAAUUCUGUUAAACUGUGAAAGUAGCAAUAAUCGAGUCAGCAGCACUAACCUCACUUUAAAAGCGUGAGCACGAAGUUGUUUACAAGUGCAGGAAGUACUUCUCAAAAAAUGUGAUAGAACCAUUGACAAUCUAGAUGUGCCUUUGGAUGUUCAUCUCUUACACAUGGAAAUACUGUUUUGACAAUCUUAUUUUACUUAACGUAAACUGCACACUAUACAUAGAGAAAUGAAUAAGUAGUGUGUGAUGCUGGUUUUUCUUGUCUGUAGAUACUAUGUCUUUGUUUUAAUAUACAGCGUUUGUUGCAGGAUCAUUGAGCCAUCUGCCCAAAUGAUAUGAUGGUUAAGGGGAUUUGGCUUUUAACAAAAAUGCAAGACAAAGUUUUUUCUUAUGAUAUUCUUAAAAAAAAAAAAAUAUGGUUUAAUAGCUUUAAAGGGCAUUUUUGGAAGUAGAGAGAACCCAUUGGAAACCUGUCUCUGUUUUGUUAUUAAGAAUUAUUCCGUGAUGCUUAUUAUGGAAUAUUUUGUACACUAAAGUGAAGAAUUGGAAUAAGAGAUCUGAGAGUUAAUCAGACUGUAUAAUGGAUUGGUUUCUUAACAGGUUUAUCCUGUGUGUUUUAAUACCAUGGCUUUAAAUUUGUCAUGGUGCAUGCACAUCUUCAAGUGCAUGAUUUCGUUAAUGCCGGUAGGGUGAUAGUGAUUUACAACAGACAAGAUUUAGGCUCCUUUUUAGGUUAUAUAAUAUAAAUUCCACAGAGAAACACAUGAAGAAAAAGACCAAGCUCCAGUGUAAGAGUAAAAUAUUAUUUAAAAUUGCAUGGUGUACUUGUAUACUUGAACUUAUUUCAGUUUGCUUGUAUACUAGUAUGUUUGACCUGAAGAACUGGGCUUGGGUAACCUAACAGAUGAAGUCCUCAUAAAGUGUUCUUCUGGAUUUCAGAUCUCUGCAUAGUGAGCAGUGAAUACGCUCUCACUGACUUGCACCUUCAACCCAACCCCAUCUGAGAAAAUGAAUUUCUGUGGCCAUUUCUUUGUCCAAAGCUGCCUGUCCGCAAUGAAUUGUAGAUCCAUGUGAGCUAGGUGUGUGCUUUAGUAGUAUAAAAACACACUAUGUUGUGAAGGCAGCUUAAUUUUGUUCCCAGACCCUGCUGGCUCAGGAUGUAAUUGUCUGGGAUAGAAAAUGGAAGACAGUCUAUCUUGCAUU